CUUCACCUCAUAAGUCUGAAAUUCGGCUUUUUAACAUUAAAAAAAAAAAUUGUAUAAAAUUUUAAGAAUUUAAAACCCAUUUAAAAAGCUUUUAAAAUCGUAUAUUUAACCUAAAUUAUGCUUAAAAUCUCGAGCCGCCGCAAGAUGCCAGUGACCGAGCAACUUCCUCGUGUAACCAAGAUAGUGCAUCCAACUCCAAGAAGAAGAAUCAAUCCCUUGAAGGAACCAAGCACCCAGCAACAGUUUUCUUACGGCCAAAACAGUCAAAAUGUCACCGAGGAGUUGAAAAAUCGUUUGGCGGUCCUUCAGCGGCGAGUCAAGGAGUGGAAACAAGAAGCAAAGUCUGAUAUUUAAUGUCAAUCUAAGAAAACACCGUAACUCAUUUAAUAAAUAACCAUACCAGCUUACUAUAAUAAA